AUGGAAGCAUCAAAUGAGCCAUUUUCGAUGUUAUCAGAAAUUGACCGAGAGCUUCGUCUUAGAUUUCAGACUCACGAUAAUCUUCCCGACAUUGUGCUGGAAUCGAAGAGGAGAUCUAUGAGUGCCGAUCCACUGUUGCAUGAUGCUGCUUCGAUUACAACCAAAACAGAAAAUACAUCUGGCGAUUGCAGACAUAUUCAAGACUACGAUGAUAUCAAUAAUCAUGGAUUCUGUUGUCAGACUAAAGGUGGUAAACUAAAACCAUCGACUGAAGGUUAUGAAACAGUUAUUUCAUCAAUUCCGCCAUCACCCGAGCAUAAUUACCUACCGAGUACGUCAUCAGGUUACACCUUAAAAGACAUUGAUCGGUCAAUUUAUACUGCGAGGAUAAUUCCGGACCCACAACCGCUUUAUCAAAUCUACAUGAUGGAACAGAAUAGCGGGCUGAUUUAUGAGACAGAGGAGCAAGAAGUCACCCAACCGAAUUUUAUCUCCAAGAUGCAACGAGUUGCUUCGACCAUAUCAACCGAUAGCGGGCGUGGUGCAGACUGUUCUACAACCAUUUCACAGCUUACGUCCAACACAUCAAUGAGACGUGAUCGUUUGGUUGCAGGCAGCCAUUUUGCUAGUCAACGGUCGUUAUGGUGUGAACUUCCAGAGGUAAGAAAUGCGGGUUUACUGGAAAGUUUGGAUGAAGGUAUGAAAAAACUGCAGGAAGCGUAUUUUGAAGUGAUUACCAGUGAAGCAUCUUAUCUUCGUUCAAUCAAUAUCCUAAUCACCCAUUUCAUGGCUGCUCCUGAAAUGCUUGGUUCUAAAAGACCUUCAUCAGUGAUAACAAAUGAAGAACGAAAGCAGCUUUUCAGCAAUAUAUUCGCUGUUCGGGAUUGUAGUGAGAAGUUAUUAUCAGAUUUGGAAAAUAGGCUACAAGAAAGUUUGGUACUUUCCGAUGUUUGUGAUAUUUUGUGCGAUCAUUUUGAAACAAAUUUCGAUCCAUAUGUUAAAUAUUGUUCUAAUCAAGUUUAUCAAGAUCGAACGCUUCGAAAACUCAGAUCCGAAAAUCCUUCAUUCCUCUCUUGCAUUCAGCGCUUGGAAAGCGAUCGUCUAUGUCAAGGACUGGAUAUGCGUUCAUUCCUGAUGUUACCCAUGCAGAGAGUUACUCGUUAUCCACUUUUGUUGAUUGCAAUCCUUGAACAUACACAACAAAAUCCAACAAACUAUCACACUGCUCAAAUUGCAUUGCAUCUAGCCAAUCAUACUGUCAGUUGUUGUAAUGAAGGUGCUCGACAAAUGGAACGCACCGAGCAACUGCUGGAAAUUGAACGCCGUCUCGUUUAUAAAUCAUCUGAUUUGAAACGGAUUCCGCUGGUUUCAUCGGGACGUUACUUAGUCAAGCGUGGGUCACUUACUUGUCUGAAUGAAAAGCGUUCCAAGAAGCUCUUAAAUACUCGUCAACAGUUCCAAAGCAUAUAUAUUUUCCUUUUUAGUGAUAUUAUCAUGUUAACCAAGAAGAAAGUUAAUGGAACUUACAUAUGCAAAGAUUAUUCCGCAAGGAGAUUUGUCGAUAUUGAACCGGUUGAAAUUAAUGAUCCCAAGUCCGUGACAUCGCACAUUCCGCUAAAGAAGCCGCAUCUUUUCAUUUGUACACUCAUGCAUAAUGCGGUAGGGAAACAAGUGGAGCUUCUUUUGAAUGCCGAUUCCGAAACUGAUCGUGAACGAUGGCUGUCCGCAUUAAGACCACCUGCUUGUACCAAUCCAGAAGAAAAAAUCUAUGCUGAUUGGGAUUGCCCACAAGCUGUUGCCGUACAUCGGUAUUCCCCUGGGCAGGAAGACGAGUUGCCAUUGGAGAAAGGCGAUCUAAUCAAUAUAUUACGCAAAAUGCCAGAUGGUUGGUUUUACGGAGAAAAAGUUUGUGAUUUUUACAGUGGCUGGUUUCCAUCUUCAUAUGUUCAGCAGGUACUAAAUGAUCAUGUUCGAGCGAAAAACUAUCGGCAGCGUUUGCGCGUUAUUAAGGCAGCUGCUGAUUUUCGUUUCCAUCAAAGACAUACGAAAAUAGGAGCUGAGGAAAAUGUCCGCCAUUUAAUGGAGCGAUUUCGUCGAUUGAGUAACAGCAAAAGUUCGCUGAAUGUUUAAAAUCAAAUCAGACCUAUUAGAAAAUGUGGUGAUUGCCAUCUAUGACCUAUUUUAUAUACUUUAUCGAUAUCAAAAGGAAUUUAAGAAUGAAGCCAAAUCGAUGAUAUAUGAGAUACUAUAUGUUGUCAAGGGAAUUUGUUCGGCAG